AUGGGGAAUUUACCGAGUUCAUUCCUUUCUGGAUUUGGUCAAGCUUUAUCAGAUCUAUUUGGCUCUCCUCUAGAUUUUCUUUCAGGAAAAUCAUGCAGCUCAGUAUGUGGAACAACAUGGGAUUUCAUCUGUUACAUAGAGAAUUUCUGUAUUAGUCAUUUGGUGAAGUUAGCUGUUGUAUCUGUUCUUGUUUAUCUUGAGUAUUCUUGCACUUCCAUUUGUCAUAGUUUGCAUAGGGUUAAACGUGUUCGUAGAAGAAGAAGAAGACACAUGAGGGAUAUUGAGAGUCGCGAUUCUACUUCUGAAGAUGAAGAGGAGAUGGAAGAACGAGGAUCUUCUGAUCUUGAUAGGAGAAAAUCAUUGUCACGUCGAGAUUGGAAAGGAUAUAAGAGAGAUCGGUUUAGGAGAUCCUUAGGAGUUAGCAAUCAUCGGAUUCGUGUUGGGAUUGACGGGGAUUCUAGUAGAAGGAAGAGGAGAUAUCAUACAGGUUAUAGUUAUGACGAUGAUAAUUGUGUUAGAGUAUCUCGUACAUCAAAGUUUGCGCGCAAAGGUGGGAUAAGAAAAUGUAGAUCUAUUUCAAGAAAUGAAUAG